GCCUGCCCCCUGUUUUUUUGUCUUGUCAACUGUACCCGACAUCCCUUUCUUUUUUUUCUUCAACUAUUUCCUCCGUCCAAAUCCAUUGUUGGGAUUCUUGUCUUUAUCAAUGGUAGACUUUUGUCUAUAUAUAUAUAUAUAUAUAUAUAUAUAUAUAUAUUAGCUCUUCUUAACUCAUGUAUAUAUGAAUAUCCAAGCACAAUACGUACUUGCUUUGAUCCUUUUUUUGGAGUUAAAAGAAGAGAGAAAGGAAGGCUGGAAUCGUUUACUCGAAUGACGAAGGUUUAUCCCAACGCUAGUUUUACAGGCAGGGUGCCGCCGUGUAAGGCGGAGAUGAAGGAGGAGGUUAUGACGGUGUGGAAGAAGUCGUUGAUAUUCAACUGCAAUGGGUUCACGGUGUUUGAUGGUAAAGGUGAUUUGGUAUAUAGGGUGGAUAAUUAUAUGGAAGGGAAUAAAGGAUCCAUCCUUCUUAUGGAUGCUAAUGGCAAAGCACUACUCACUAUCCGUCGUAAGAAAAUGAGCCUGGGACUGGGUGACAAUUGGCUAGUUUAUGAAGGAGAAGAAACCAUGGCGAUUCCUCGACUUUCAGUCAAGAAAUCAGUGAACAUCUUUAACAACAAGUGCUUGGCUUACGUUACCGCCGGCGAGAGUGAUGGUCGGAAUAACAAAACAAUGUACGAGAUCGAGGGGUCUUAUACCCGACGAUGUUGCGCCGUGUUGGAUGACAGGCGGAGGAUAGCGGCAGAGAUAAAGCGGAAAGAGGGUGGCAGCGGGGUCGCCUUCGGAACCGACAUUUUCCGCCUUGUUGUUCAGCCUAAUAAUAUUAGGACGGAUUUUGCAAUGGCUUUAGUUAUUCUUCUUGAUCAAAUGUUCUAAACUUUAGAUUCAUACAUAUAUACACAUGUAUGUAAAACUACGAUAGAGGUCUCUGGAUUUAUUGUGAAAUUAUAUUUUACCCUUUUUUUUUAAAAAAUAAAUUACAUAUGAAAA